AUGCCGUCUGCGGUAGAAACAUCUAGUGCUCUACCCGAGCCGAAGGCUCCAAAACUUGCAUAUACACAAGUUCAGGAAACUCAACAUGAUCUGGACUGGGACGAUCUGGUCACUCUGGACCUGGCCAAGUUCGAUGAACCCGGCGGAAAAGAAGCUCUAGCUCAACAGCUGUUUGAGGCCUUACAGACGAUCGGGUUCUUCUAUAUCAUCAAUUUCGGCUUGGGCCAAGAAGAGGUCGACAGACAGUUUGCCAUUGGGAAGGCGGUUUUUGAACUCCCUACCGAAGAGAAGCUUUCGUACCGCGCCGACCUGGAGAAUGGUGGCCACAACGGGUAUAAGCCUCUCGGCCUCAGAGAAAUCAAGCCCGGCAUCUUCGACAAUACAGUGAUCUUCAACAUCCCCAAGUUCAUUCCGGCAUUCGAGAAGACAGCCCGAGAGCACUUUGCUCGCCACAUUCACCACAACAUCGUGCAUAAGUUACUGGUGUUGUUUGCCAUCGUCCUGGAGCUCCCCGACGAAAAAUACUUCUCGAACAGCCACCAUUACGAUGAGAAGUCAGAUUGUCAUCUGCGCUACAUGAAAUACCACCGUCGUUCGAUUGAGGAGAAUGAAGCUUUGGAGAACGUCUGGGUGAAAGGCCACACCGACUUCGGCUCCCUCACCCUCCUAUUCCGCCAGCCCGUCGCCGCACUACAAGUCCGCGCCCCAGAGGGCGGGUGGAAAUGGGUCAGGCCCCACCCGGGGAGCAUCACAGUCAGCGUCGCCGACGCGCUGGAGAUGUUGACCAACGGCUUCCUCAAGAGCAGCAUCCACCGCGUCGUCUUCCCGCCGCCCGACCAGCGCGACGCCGAGCGCCUGGGCGUGUUGUAUUUCGUCAGGCCGGAGGACGACCUCGAGCUGCGGCCGGUGCGGAGCCCUGUGCUGGAGAGGCUUGGCUAUGACAAGGUGCAGGAGGACGUCGUUGGGAUUACCGCUGGGGAAUGGGUUAAGGCGCGUGUGCGCGGGUGUGAAUAA